AUGUCAUCGAUUAAUCCAUCUCAACAGCAUUCGAGUGCUAUUCCUACUGGAGGCGAGAUUCCGCCUCCAAUUGGCGAAUCGACUACCCAGUCGAAACCAUCAAACCCUUUUGCUGCUCCCACCAACACUGCGGUGGGUGAAAAACCCACUGGUGGUGCUGCUGCUGCCUCGAGUGGUGCAACCACCACUCGUUCACACAGCGCAGUCGCCUACUUGUUGACUUGGCAAGACCCCGUCUACACCGGGAAAGUGUUUGGCUCGAUUGUGUCGACCUUGGUCAUUUUCCACACCAUUAACUUGGUCAAUAUCUUUUUCCACGUUGCUUACAUUGCCUUGUUGUUGUCGGCUGCUGCGGAGUACGCCGGGAAGUUGCUCACUGGUAGAGGCUUUGUCACCAACUACUUCAAGAACUUCACCACCAAUAGCUCCUAUGCAACCAAGUUCAACAAGCAAGUGUUGCCUUCGAUUGCUGAUUUGAAUGUGGAAGUUGAAAAAACUAUUAAUCAAAUCAUUUUUGCUCAAGAUAUCGAAACCACGUUGAAAGCAGCUGGUGUUUCGUACAUUUUGUACAAGGUUACCUCCUACGUUUCGUUUUUCAACUUGUUUGUUUUUGGCCUCGUGUUUGUGUUCACAGUGCCAUACUUUUACAAGACCUACCAAAAGGAAAUCGAUGCUGCCGUGGGUAAAUACACUGCUUGCGCCAAGUCCAGAUUCGCGAAAUUGACCGACGAAGCUCAGCAAAAAGCCGGCCCAGUUGUCGAUGACUUGAUCAAGAAGUUGGGCCCCGUGGGCGAGUUUAUCCAGUCCAAGAUCCCAGUUAGAACCGCUGGCUCAACCGUGGGAAACUCAAAAGCUACCUCGUAUGGAAAUGCUGCUGAUGACCAUAUUGCUAGUUCUUCUGGUGUGUCAUCUGGAGCCACGACUUCAACCACGGUUCCCAUCCACAAGUCGGACUUCCCAAAAGUCCCUAAACACGAUGACUUUGACGAUGACACCGAUGACUUUGCCGACACUACUCAAGAACACAAAUACUAA